AUGCACUCUUUGAAGUGCACCACAUCUGAUGAUCCUCUCCCUAUUCCUCAUCAAUUUUACCAGCCAGGCGAUCUUGUCAUCGGUGGGAUUGUUUCACAAGUCUUCUUCCUCUAUAAUAUCCUCUCUUUCAUGGAACAGCCUGCACAAAUGUUGCACGAUGAACCUCUUUCAGUGCCUAAGAACUACCAACAUAUCCUGGCCCUGGCAUUUGCUGUCAAAGAGAUCAAUGAGAAUCCCAACAUCUUAACCAAUAUCUCUCUAGGAUUCCACAUCCUCAACAGCUACUAUGAGGCAAGGAUGACCUCUAAGGCCACCAUGAACCUGCUCUCUACACAACAUAGGUUUGUCCCCAACUUCAAGUGUCACAACCAGAACAACAUGGUAGCUCUCAUUGGAGGAUGCAUCUCUGAAACUUCUGCCAAUAUGGUCAUCAUUUCAGCAAGCCGUAAAACAGCACAGAUGGUCCCAAAUGAAGCCCAACAGUACAUGGGAGUGGUGCGGCUACUUCAGCAUUUUCAAUGGACGUGGAUUGGGCUAGGUGCUGUGGAUGAUGACAGGGGGGACAGGUUUUUACAGACAAUGGUGCCAAUGCUUUCCCAGAAUGGCAUCUGUUAUGCCUUCAUAGUCAGAAUAACAAAAUGGGAUUAUGUGGAUAAGAUGAUUGAUGUGUAUUUAAAGCAUUGGGAAAGCUAUGGAAUUGUCAUUCAGAGUAAAGCCAAUGUAAUAUUUGUAUAUGGAGAACCUCCAUCCUUUCAGGCAUUGAGAGUGUUGCUGUUUCUAGCACCCUUCCUGGCCUUGCCACCGCUGGGUAAAGUGUGGAUUGUGACAUCCCACUGGGAUUUUGCAUCCCUAUCUAUUCAAAAGAUUUGGGACAUGCAAACCUUCCAUGGUUCCAUCUCCUUCACUGUUCACUUAAAUCAGCCAUUAGGAUUCCAAACAUUUGUCAAGAGGAUAAGACCGUUCUGGUCUAAAGGAGAUGGUUUCAUCCAGGACUUCUGGGAACAGGCAUUCAGCUGUUCACUAAAAAUAUCUGAUGUGAUGGAGGAAGACAAGGAAACGUGCACUGGGAAGGAGGAGCUAGAGACACUUCCUGGAGCUUUAUUUGAAAUGAAGAUGACCGGCCACAGCUACAAUGUCUACAAUGCUGUCUAUGCUGUGGCACAUGCUUUGCAUGCCAUAUACAAAUCCAGAUCCAAACACAAAAGAUUAGCAGAAAGACAGAGACUAGCAUUCCAGAACGUGCAACCAUGGCAGCUCCAUCACUUUCUAAGUAGCACCUCAUUCAAUAAUAGCGCUGGUGACACUGUGCACUUCAAUGUAAAUGGGGAAUUGGUUGCAGGCUUUGAUGUUACAAACUGGUUGAUGUUCCCCAAUGGCUCGGUGGUUAGAGUAAAAGUGGGAAGAUGGGAUCUCCAGGCUUCUCCAGGCAAAGAGUUAACCAUUAAUGAUGAUGAAAUUGUGUGGCAUACAAGCUUUAAUCAGGUGCUGCCCUUUUCUGUGUGCAAUGAGAACUGCUAUCCUGGCUACAGCAAGAAAAAGAGGGAAGGAGAGAAAUUUUGCUGCUAUGACUGUGCUCCAUGUCCAAAAGGGAUGAUUUCUCACCAGAAGGACAUGGAUGCCUGUGUCAAUUGUCCAGAAGAUCAGUAUCCCAACAAGGAACAAACUCAAUGCAUUCCCAGGGUUCUAAGCUACCUCUCUUAUGAAGAAUCUUUAGGGAUCAGCUUGACUAUCUUGGCUAUUUCUCUCUUUUUAAUCACAAUUUUGGUGCUUGGAACCUUUCUGAAGCACAAAGACACUCCCAUAGUCAAAGCCAACAACCGGAGCUUCACCUACAUCCUCCUCAUCUCUCUCUUUCUCUGCUUCCUCUGCACCUUGCUCUUCAUUGGACAACCAGGAAAUGUGGUCUGCCUUAUCCGACAAAUGGUUUUUGGCGUUGUCUUUUCUGUGGCUCUAUCCAGCAUUUUGGCUAAAACCAUUACUGUACUUGUGGCUUUCAUGGCUACCAAGCCAGGCUCCAGGUUGAGGAAAAGGCUGGGGAAAGGACUGGCAAAUUCUAUUGCACUUUCCGGCUCCUUGAUUCAAGCAGGCAUUUGUACAGUUUGGCUAAGUACAUUUCCUCCAUUCCCAGAUGUGGACAUGCACUCAUUGGAUGGGAAAAUAAUACUGGAAUGUAGUGAGGGCUCUGCUUGCAUGUUUUACUGUGUUUUGGGCUAUUUGGGUUCCCUGGCAAUGGUCAGUUUCAUGGUGGCUUUCUUAGCCAGGAAGUUACCUGACAGUUUCAAUGAGGCCAAAUUCAUCACUUUCAGCAUGUUGGUGUUUUGCAGUGUGUGGUUGUCCUUUGUUCCAUCUUACCUGAGCACCAGGGGAAAGUAUGUGGUGGCCGUGGAGAUCUUUGCCAUCCUGUCUUCCAGUACUGGAUUACUGGUUUUCAUCUUUUUCCCUAAAUGCUACAUUAUUGUCCUCAGGCCUGAGCUGAACAACAGGCAGCUGCUCAUAAGAAGGAAAAAUGAAAAAAUCAUGUUUUUCUUUAUAUUCUGA